UUUUUUUAAUGCAAGUAAAAAGAUUUAAUUUGAUUUGCUUGUGAAUUUUAGCUUUGUUUAAAGAUGUCUCAUUCUCCCAUAAGUAAAACAACUUUUUACUUAAUUUUUUUUAAAGAUAUCAAUAUCACUGUUUUCUUAGUUGUAAUUGUUUUUAUGAUGGAUUCUAAUCAAAAUUUGAAUUCUAAGAAACUAGAGAAAACUAUUUCAGUUUGCAAUAUUUGUGCUCUAGAUGAAGAACAAACAGUAACUUUUUUACCUUGUAAACACAAAAUUGGUAAUUUUUGUGCAAAUACAUUAAAGUUAUACUAUGGUUCAGACGUAAAAUGUCCAUGGUGCAAAGAAUACGUAGUAGAGUAUGUUAAUAUGGUUGAGAACAAAAUAUGUUAUAUUUGUCAAGAGGAAGAAUUGAAAGUUAAAUUUUUAUCAUGUAAACACCAAAUUGGAAAUAAUUGUGCCAACAGAUUAUAUAAAUUAAAACAUUUAGAUUGUCCAUUUUGCUUAUUGAGUAUAAAUAUUUUUCGUGGAAUACAAAAACCUCCUUAUAACCAAGAAAUGAAUUGUAUUUGUGAGAUGGAAAAAAAUUCAAUAACUUUGAAACCUUGUAAUCAUCGUCUAGGAUAUAUUUGUGCAAAUACUUUAAAAUCUUGGUAUAUUAGAACACAAAAAUGUCCAACAUGUCAAUCAGAUAUCAAAAGCUAUGAAGAUGACACAAAUAAAACACCAAGUAUAUUUCAAAAAUCAUAUAGUCGUUUAAAAAGUUUUAGUAAGAUUGGAGAAUGUGUCAAUAAUAUAUUAGAUAAUCAUCUUGAUAAAUCAAUAGAACUUUAUUAUGAAUGAAAAUAACGGCCUGUAUUAGUUAAUAGUUAUUACUAUAAAAAAAAAUACAAAUGUAUAGAGAGUGAUUUUUUUAUCAUAAUCUACUCAAUUACUGACAGAAUAAAAAUAAUUCAAUCAUAUUCUUUUUUUUUUUUGAUACCCUUAGUUAUUAUUCUUGAAUUAUUAGCUAUGUAAUACUUUUUAAGUUCGUUCCUUAUGCCUUGUAAGAGAACACAAUUUUUUUUUCAAAUGAGAUCACAAAUUUUGAAUUUAAUAAAAUGUGUAAAGUUUUAUUUCAAUAGUACUGGCAUUUGAAUUUUUAACAUAACCUAAUUUAUUAAUUACAUAUAAAAUUUUAAUUUUUCAAUUUUUUAAGUAAAUAUACGUGUAUAAUAUACAAGGGAUUACAAAUACAGGAAGCUAAUUGGUUUUUUAUGACGUCGCUAACACAGAUACAAAGUGUUUAUUGUCAAUUAUAACUUUAUUAACAGAUAUGCUUAAAGUGUGGUUAUAAAGCACAUUGUUGUGAGUAAAUAUUUAUAAAUACACCAACUGGCAAUGCAGAAUACAUAUCUAUCGAUAGUUAUAUUUGAUAAUAAUAGUUGCGUAUUACGAAUAGUAACGUCAUAAAAAAACUAUUAUUAUUAACUAUAAUUAUUGUAUUAUAUUAUAUUAUAAAUUUUAUAUCU